CUGGUGUCCCGCGAUGGCCGCAGACGCCCUCCUGCCGUGCCCGCGCCUGUGCCCGAUGUCCCAGCAGGACUUCCUCAAGGCCUCACACUUCUCGCUGGGGCCCGACCUGCGGCUGCACGAGGGUACCAUGCACACCACGUCGCACCGGGACUUCGCCUACCCGACGGCCACCCGGGAGCCGCCGAGUCUGCAGCCGUAUGACAAGGCCCAGGCCGCAGCCCACAUCCACUAUGUAAAUAUCCGUCCUGGUGACGGCCUCUUUCACGACAGAACCACCAAGGCCGAGCACUUCUAUGCCCGGGAGCCAGAACCUUUUGUUCUUCACCACGAUCAGACUCCGGAGUCGCACAUCCUGAAAGGAAAUUGGUGCCCUGGCCCUGGCAGUCUGGACACCUUCAUGCAGUACUUCUACGGCCAGCCGCCACCCGCGACACAGCCACCCAGCCGCCACGUGCCUCACGAGAAACUGCAGAGUCACGUGACCCUAGGGGAGCCAAAGCUACACAGACGCUUCUUCAAGACCACCAUGGGCUCUGACUACUGUCCCUCAGAGUGGAGGCAGGUGCACAAAGCGCCCAACCUCCACUUGCAGCCCAGCAACCUGCCGCAGGGGACCGGCGAAUUCGAUUUUUUAACCAUGAACCAGAAGAUGCUGAAGCCACACAGAACAGCUCCGGCCCUGGUGACUGAAGAGAUGCUACAGCGGUGCAAGUACAGUCACAUGGAGCCCCCACUGGGUGGACUGCGCUUCUUCUCAACCCAAUACAAGGACGACUUUCCUUUCAAGUAUCAGGGUCCAGCAGCCCUGAGACUGAAAAAUCCUCAGGAGGGCUUCGGGCCCCUGGGCACACCUCACCAGCAUGGCUGCAGGGAGAAGAUAGACCCUCGGGCUCCCCAGCCCCCUAUGUACCUGUGCCCCAGCCAGUAAUAAAUGCCACCUUGGCAACA